AUGGUAAUUGCGAUCCUGCAACAGAUCCACAGUGACCACCAGGGCAUGGAGAAGUGCAAAUUACGCAUGAAAUCUACCGUCUACUGGCCAGGAGUUUACAAAGAUAUUAGGAACAUUGUAACAGCUUGCCAGCCAUGCCAGAAGUACCAGCGAUCACAACAGCGAGAGCUCAUGAUGGUAACAGAAGUACCACCGCGUCCUUGGCACACCCUUGGAACAGACCUCUUCUUCCAUGACAAGACCUGGUACUUAAUCAUUGCGGAUUACUAUUCCAAAUUCCCCUUCAUUUGCAAACUAGAUAACCUAACAGUCAGCACAAUCACCAGAGUGUUGCGAGUUCUAUUUGCUGAACAAGGUGUCCUAAAUGUAAUCAUUUGCGACAAUGGAACCCAAUUCACCUCUUCGCAAUUCCGAGCCUUCGCACAGCAGAAUGGUUUUCGGAUCCAGACAUCGUCACCCCACUACCCAAGAGGCCAUGGUUUCAUUGAACGACACAUCCAGACUGUGAAGAGAAUCCUAUCCAAGUGUCGCGAAUUAGGAGACGACCCUAACCUAGCCCUCCUGUGUCUUCGCACGACCCCACUCAAAUCAAACCUCGCUUCCCCAGCCGAGCUACUGAACAGACGGAAGUACAAAACUGCACUACCUUCAAUAAUCCAUCCCCCACCUGACCGUGCAAUUAGGUGA